UACCAAUUAGUGGCUACGCUAUCUAAUGUGAAGGUAUAUUGAAAUAGUUAGCAGUUGCACACCUUUCUGUGGUCCCAUUAUCUAUUCUAAUUACGAAAAAUACUUUAAAUUUUCAACUUCAAUUGCCCAAUUUAAAGAAAUGUGCGAUAACAAGUAAGUAUAAUUAAUUGAACGAACCUUAUCGCAGCUGUUAAUUAUAAAUAAUAAACCAUUAUCGUAAAUUAAUUACAGUAAUCUCUCUUUCGUAAAUAGCCCCCAGCGAAUUUUAUCUCGGCCCAAAUUUAUUCGAAAUAUUUGUUAUAUUAACUUUUUCCGCAUUAUUCCGAUUACACCGGAAUAUUUGGCAUUUUUACACCUGCUUAAUAUGCCAUAACCUCCAAUUUAUCGUUCCAUUAUCUAAUGGGCUCGUAAAAAGACUUAUAAAAAGUAUGACUAAAAUGUUUUUGUUAGUUUUAAAAUGAUUUUUUAUUCGAGAAUAUUCCCUUUAUUAGCGCGAAAUGCUCUAGUUUUUAAUAAAAAUGUUACCAUCAGGUCUUUUAACUUUGUUUCUGUAAGGCCCAAUCCGAAGAUUAUCGAUGGGAAAAAAAUCGCCCGGGACAUCCAGAAGGAGCUGCGGGUGGAGCUGGACGAAUGGAUGGGUUCGGGCCAUCGAGCGCCCUGCUUGAUAGCCAUUUUAGUCGGCGACGAUCCGGCCAGCGAAAAAUACGUCCAAAACAAGAUGAUAGCGGCCGAAAAUAUAGGCAUCAAAAGCAGCACCGUCAAACUGUCCAAGACCGUGUCAGAAGAGGACGUCAUCAACAAAAUAAAGGAGUACAACGAGAACCCCGACGUGGACGGCAUUUUGGUGCAGCUGCCCGUGCCCGAGCACAUCUCCGAAAGGAACGUUUGCAACGCGGUUGAUCCGCGGAAAGACGUCGACGGGUUCCACAUGACCAACGUGGGGAAACUGGCCAUCAACAUGGACACAAUGGUGCCCGCCACGGCCCUCGGCGUCAUAGAACUCAUCAAAAGGUCGCAGAUAAAGACCUUCGGGAAAAACGUAGUGGUUUGCGGCAGGUCGAAAAACGUCGGUCUUCCCAUCGCCAUGCUGCUGCAUUCCGACGAGAAAAACGAAUGUCCCGGAUUGGAGGCCACCGUGACCAUCUGCCACAGGCACACCCCUCCGGAGGAGCUGGAGUUCUUCACUAAACGAGCGGACAUCGUCAUUAGCGCAACAGGUGUCGUCGGUUUGAUCAAACCCGAUAUGAUAAAACAAGACGCGUGCGUUAUCGAUGUCGGAAUCACGAGAAUUACCACCGAGGAUGGUAAAUCGAAACUCGUUGGAGACGUGGAUUUCGAAGGUUGUUUCGAUGUGGCUGGCCACAUAACUCCCGUGCCUGGUGGUGUAGGUCCAAUGACGGUGGCAAUGCUGAUGUCAAACACUAUGAAGGCGGCAAAAGCGUUGGCCUUGUGAUACUUCAUGUUUGUUUUCUUUUGCGGGGUAUUCGUUAAUGUUUAUUGUUAACUAAGUAUGUAAAUUAUUACUUAGUUCAGUAUUAUAAUUUAUGUAAUUUUAUAUAUGUAAUAUCGAAUAAAAGUUUUUAUUGGUUAA